AUGUGCAACCUCGUCUUCACCAAAUACCGCUGCCGAGUCUGCGACUACAUCAUCGACCAUGAAACGGUCACAGAAAAGUGUAACUCUGCCAAGAAAUCAGGCAGAGCUUGCUUAAAGCAAAAAAUAGUGCCGUCGACUAUUCAUUCGGAUCAGAAGAAUUGCAAGGACUGCGUUAAGAAGAAGAAGGAGGGUCAGAGAGGGGUUAAGCGCUAUCUCUGUAGGAAGUGCUCCUACCUCGUCUCCAUGCCCGUGGAAGAAACGAAAUGCGCUCAUUUUCUGGAGAAGCGACCUGGUAUUUGCGUUACGACGACAAAGCAUGAUACCAUCUAUGUUCACGAGGAGGAGUGUUUGCAGUGCAAGGAAGCGAAGAGGAAGGAAAAGGGUAAAGGGAAAGCGGACAAUUAA